AAACCGAAGUCGCGCUAACGAGCCCGCUUGUCACGUAUAUAAGGACGUGUUCAGGAGGAUGCCCCAAAUCUCCCCGACAUCUCGCCGCGGCAGUCAGCGAGACCAGGCUGCGUCACGUGACAGGGAAGGCCAUCCAGCGAGGUCGCCAUGAGCCGGAGCGCGACGGUGGCGCUGUUCGCGGCGGUAGCGGCGGUGUCCGGAAGCUUGCUGCCCGACCCUCAGCAGCUGGUGAAGGACGAGGCCGCGCUCGGCAAGUACACGGCCUGCCUGCUAGGUGGCGACACCUGUGAGCCGUGGACGGAGGAGGCCAAGCGCUACAUCCCCUCGGCGCUGAAGGAGGGCUGCAAGGACUGUCCGCAGGAACACAAGAACUUCUACAGGGUCGUCACCAUCCACCUGAAGCAGAACCAGCCCGAGGUCUACAAUGCCCUAGCUAAGCACUACGACAAGGACGGCGUCUACGAGAAGAAGGUGCUGGAGUUCGUCUACGACACCAACUAGAGGGUGAUCGCGCCGACUUGAAGCAACCUACAAGAGAAGUGUUGUAUUGCGAUAUACCAAAAAAAUGUACUGUCCAUAUUUCAAGCAUUGCCCAAGAAAUCGCUCGUACUGUUCAUCACCAACACCAAAUGAGAUGUUAUGGUGCCGCCCGUGGGCGUAGAUCCCGGGGCCUGGCCCCUGGAAUUGAGAAGCCCCACACUGAGGGGGCCACUCACCCACUUGCACUUGCAACAUUGUGACUUUGAAAAUAGGUCGAUAAACAUUGUAAUGUCAAAAUAAUAUUUUAUGGAAAACUUUGUGUAUAUUAUAAUUUUUUGUGCUUACUGCAUUCACUUAGUUCAAAACAAGGGCAGCAUACAAAUUACACCGUAUCCAGAGAUGGUGAGUAGGUUGACCCCACGCACAAUACCCUCGGGCCGCACGGGUUGGGUUCCCCUUGUGCAUCCCUGAUGCAUUCUGUUAAAAUAUAUAGCCCAAACUGUGAUUGUAUACAUCAAUAAUAAAAUGAGACAUAUUUGAA